CAUGAAUUGAUGGGGGUUUGUAUCCCACAUCAUGCUCAGUUCAACUCCGAGCGCCAAAAGAAUCCCAGAUACCCAAUAUAAGUCCCUCCACUCCUACCGUACCAUCUCUCCUAUCUGUUUGUUCUACUAUACUAUCCCUCUCUCUCCCCAUAUUUGGCAAAAAUGACCGUCGACAAGAAGAUUGUUUUGAUUACCGGCGCCAACAAAGGAGUCGGUUACGAAACCGCCAAAGCCCUCCUCCUCACCUCCGCCGACUAUCACGUCCUCCUCGCGAGUCGGGACCCCGCGCGCGGUGCGGAGGCCCUCGAAUCCCUCCAACGCGAGCCAACGAUCCAGGGCACCGCCGCCGCCAUGCAGCUCGACGUGACGGACGAUGCAUCGAUCCAGGCGGCCGCUCAGCAAGUGAAGGAGCGCUACGGCCGCCUCGACGUGCUGAUCAACAACGCCGGGAUCUCCAACAAAUCCUCGAACCCCGGGGAGCAAGUGCGCGCCAACAUGGCCACCAACGUUGUCGGCCCCGUGGUCGUGACCGACGCCUUCGAGCCCCUGCUCAAGGCGGCCACCGAUCCGCGCAUCAUCUUCGUGACCUCCUCGCUCGGCUCGCUCGGCCAUGCCAGCAAUCCCAACUCCAUCUACUACAGCACCAAGGCGAGCUACCCCUACGACUACUACCGCGCGAGCAAGGCGGCGCUGAAUAUGAUCAUGGUCGAGUACGGGAAGCGCAACCCGGAGAUCAAGGUCUUCGGGGGUGAUCCGGGCUGGUUGGCCACCGACUUGGCCAACAAGGAGCAGAUGCAGAAGCUGGGGGCGCCGCAUCCAGAGGUCGGGGCCCGGGAGAUCGUGCGGAUUGUGCUUGGGGAGCGCGAUGAGGAUGUGGGGAAGGUUGUGGGCAAGUAUGGGGUGCAGAUUUGGUGAUUCGAUUGUGGUGAUCGUUGGAACAGGGUGAUGGAUAUAGCCUGAGUCUUUUCCACUCGAGAGAGAGAGAUACAGUACGAUCUUUCUUCGUUUCACUCUUGAUGGUGGAGUACUGUACGUAUCUCACAAAUUCACCCACAACUCGCAC